CCCGUUAGGUGAUUGCUCGUGACCCGCCGUUCGUUCAAAAAAAUGGCCGUUGCAGAAACGGAUCUCUAUCUUUUGAGCGAUUUGAAAUAACAGGGAAAACCACGAGCUCACCGCUAGCCAUGUCUCAAAAUUUGUUGCCUUUCUUGAUGCCUCCUCUCUUGCCAAGGUGGUUUUCUAGCUCGAAAAUUUGAAGUGAAGGAAGAAGAAGAAGAAGACGAAACCCCGAGAGAAGAUCUGCUUCCACUAUGGACCAAAAAGAAGAAGAAAGAGGCAAAAUGAUCCCUGUUUUCACUGUCUUCAAGAAUGGAGCUCAUGUGAAGAACAUCAUCCUCAGCAGAGCACCUGUUUCAGAGGCUGAACGUAGCCAAGAAGACGUGAUUAUGAUGGUUGGGCGCCACCCAGAUUGUGAUAUUGUGUUAGAGCACCCUAGCAUCAGCCGGUACCAUCUUCAACUCAAGAUUAAUGAAUCUUCCAAGAAGCUUUGGGUGACUGAUCAAUCUUCAGUUCAUGGGACAAUGGUUUCGGGACGAAAGAUGACACCCCAAGUUUCCGUGCAAGUUGAAGAAGGAGACGUUCUGAAGUUGGGAGGUUCAACAAGGAUGUAUAAGCUGAAAUGGGUGUCAUCGAUUUUUGACCUAGAGAAAGAACAAGAUGACGUAUUAUCGUCCAUUUCCCAAAACCAGGAGAACGAAGGGAGUGGCAUCCUUCUUGAUAUCGAUAAACAAAAUCAAUGUCCAUCGGCACCUCCAUUGAAGUCCGAAGGUUUAUACCCUUCAUUACCAGGGUCACCAAUCAGUAGCACAACAUCCAGGAAAGGAAAUCAUGGACGACAGAGCAGUGAGACUAUGGAGCAGCAAGGAACCGUGAAUCUUUGGAGCAGAAGGUGCAUGUCUUCAAGUGCACCUCAUCUGCGUAAGCACACGAAGAGGGACAAAGGGCUUGACAUGCUCUGCUAUGCUGAGAUUACUAAUCUAGAAAGCAAAGCUGCUGCAGUCAUCGAUCAUGCUAAGAACGAAAUGAUCAUGGACAUAAUCGCCAGCCAAGUAGAAGUUAAUUUGGAUAAAGAGAAUCCAACCACCAAUUUGCUCGUUGGUUCUAAUGAUGACGAAGUCAGAGUCUGGGAGAACACGACUGCUCUGGAUGUUUCGUCAGAAGAUAUGGCAUGCGGCAGCAAGCAGGUACUUCCUCCUGACUCAUGCAUCGGUAGUUCUUUUGAAGAGGAAAACACGCUAAUGCCAAAUAAAGAGAGCGACGAAGGGCUUGACAUGGCCUUGUAUGCUGAGAUCACUAAUCUGGAGCUAGGAGCUGAUGCUAUAUUCAUCCACCAAGAAAAAAACGAAGUUAGCACGGAUAUAAUCGACAACCAAGAGGAAGAAUUUGAUUUGGAGAAAGAAAAUCGUGGAACCAAUGAAUUCGUCGCUUCUGAUGAUAUAGAAAUGGGAGGUUGGGAGAACAGUACUACUGUCAAUGUCUUCCUGGAAACAAAGGAAUGGCAUGUGGUGCAGGGAGUUCCUUACGGCUCCAUCAUUAGUUCUAACGAAGAUGAAGACUUGUUACUACCAAAUAAGAAAAGCUUCUCUCCACAAACUCUCCAAUGCAUUUCAGAAUCAAAUGUGGGGGAAGAAGAUCCCCAUGGUCUUCAACCAGAUAAUGCCAUACUCAGGAAUUGGAAUGCUCCUGCAACCCCAGACCAUGGUUGUGGAGCAAUGUUAGAAGGGCUUUACUGUGGCUCAGGUUAUCAAAGUGUUGAGGAAGAGAGGAAGUCUUGCUCUUCAGAUCUAGUGAAUUUGAUUCCAAAAACAAAUAACAAAGCCACAGGUGGAUGCUUGGCCGAAUCAAAUAACAAGAAGAUAGCUGUAACUGCUGAACAGGGCACAAAGCGGCAUCAGUUCCAGCCAUCACCUUUAGGCCGAUCACCUUUAAGCGCUAGAAUCACAAAGUCCGGUAGGGAAGAUACCUUCGUAUCAGAUAAAGAGAAUUCCACCCAUCAGAUUCCUUCCCGUGUUCUAAAAUCAAGCAGGAGACUUGAGUAUGGUGAUCUAGAUGAUGAGAGAAACAGUGGAACACUUAAAAGUGUUGAAGAGCAAGAUAAGCGUAACAGGUUGCCAGGAUCAUCUCCAUUUUUUCGUGGUUGUCUUGAUAUGGAAGAUGUAUUCCUGUCGGAUAAGGAGAACAUGACUCCACACACUCCAUCAGUCAGUAUCUUGAAGUCAAGAGGGAAGCUUACGUCUGAAAAUUCAACAAUGAAAGCCAAUAACAUAAGACAGCUUGCAACCGCUAAACACGAUAUGAAGUUGGAGUGGCUGUGUGGUUCACCUUCAUCUGCUCACAGCGACUCCAUUAUGGAAGGCAUGUUUCCAUGUGACAAAGAGAAUGUUACCCCAAAAUCUUCUCAAGUUCUGAAGUCGAGGGCCAAGACUUCGUCAAAGUUCAAAGAGGAGAUGAUCCUAAAAAGAAGGCAGGAAGAAAGAGUACCAUUCCAAAAUUUGCUCCUUAGUUCACCUGGAGGUGUCGAACACUCGCCGAUCAUCAAUAAUGCAUCAGGAACUUUCAAUAUCUCAAAUAAAAAAAGAAUCAGCAACGAAAUCAGUUGUUCUUCUGUGUCUUUUAGUCAUCAAGAGUCUGAUACUGUGGGGGCGGCAGCAAAAAAGAAAUGGUACAUGGUGGUUGAUACAAGUUGCUUACUCAAUGCACAAUCCAGAAGGUCACUGAAACUAAUGGAAGGUCUCAAGGGGACUCAACUUAUUAUUCCAAGAAUGGUUGUUCGGGAAUUAGAUAGUCUUAAACACCGAGCAAGCAGAUUUAGAAAAGAAUCAGAGGCUUCUGUUGUGAUGCAAUGGAUAGAGCAAUGCAUGGUCAAAAUGAGCUGGUGGAUUCAUGUGCAGAGCUCUGGUGAAUGCUUCCCGGUGUCAGCAACCCCUCCAGUGUCUCCUCACCUGCAACUGAAUCAAGGAGGCAGCGAAUCUAGUGGCUGCAAUGCGAUGAGUUUCCUUACUGCUAGCCAGAUCUCAUUUUCCAGUUAUGGAAGCUUUGCAGAGAUAGUUUCACCGACUGCUGAAGAUCACAUUCUUGAAUGCGCCCUCCUCUUCAAGAGACUCAAGACGGAUGGGCAGCUCAUCCUUCUAACAAAAGAAGUUGGUCUAAGAAUUAAGGCCAUGGCAGAGGGACUGAUAUGCGAGACUCCAGAGGAAUUUUGCGAGAGUCUGGUAAACCCAUACUCAGAGAGAUUCUUGUGGCUAGAAAGCACUCCAAGAGGACCAACUUGGUCCAGCUUAGACGGUCUGCAUGGAUUAAAGGAGAGUCACCAUCAACCUGCGAGGAGCUCCUUGAAGAAGAAGGUGUUUACUGAGGGUGCCAAGGGUCUAAAACUCGUUCUGCGCCAUAAUGAUCAUUAUGGGCAGGUGAACUUAGCUGCAUAAAAUGUAGUGUUCUUUUUGAAAUUGGGCAUAUUGCUGUAUAUGCGAACAGUAGCAUAUUGAUAGAUAACUUUUAGCGUGAUAGACUGUUGCCAACCUUACCGAGCAGAAAUUUCAACUUCUCGUGCUCAAAUUUGUGCAAAGUUGUCGGAUCAAGCAGUCAUCAAUGUAAACACAUCUUUGGAACCUUUGUUCCAUUUCUGUCAAAGGUCUGUGGCACGACUCCU